GUAUGAACUAUAUAACGACAUGUAAUACAUUCAUCGAUACAUUUCAUCGUUGACACUCGAGUGACCGAGUUGUAUUAUCAAAUCAAAAUGUCCUGCAUAAGAUUAGUCAUUUCUACCAUCGCCAUCAUAGCUAGCUGCAGUGCUAGUGGCAUCGGUCACAUCGCUCCUGCCUUCAAGUCCCUGUCAGUGGUGCGAUAUGCGCCGUUCUACAACUUCCCCAACGGAGUGAGGUCUAUACACGCUGUGGCUGCACCAGUAGCGUUACCUCCUCCGGUUGCACGAGCUCCAGUGUUCGCAGCCCCUGCGCCGGUGUUCCCAGCUCCGGCCCCAGUGUUCCCAGCUCCGGCACCUGUGUUCCCAGCCCCAGCCCCAGUAUUCGCAGCGCCAGCGCCCGCACCUGUCUUCCCAGCUCCGGCUCCUGUUUUCCCACCACCAGCACCUGUGUUCCCCGCUCCAGCUCCCGUCUUCGCUGCCCCUCCUCCCGUUUUUCCCGCCCCUGCGCCAGUCUUCCCUGCCCCUGCUCCCGUGUUCCCCGCGCCGGUAUAUCCUAGGAUAGCCCCUGCUUUCGCUCCAGCGCCUGUUUUUGCUCGUGCAGUACCUGCAUUGCCAGCCGCUCCGUUCUCUCCCAUCGUGAGGCCUGUAGGAGUGCCGCAGCCAGCUCCACUAUUCACUCCUGCUUUCGGCCCCGCGCCUGUGGCUGUAGCCAGGGCCCCCAUCAGUGUAUCUCCCUUCGCUCCUGUACCGUAUGGCCCAGCUCCCGCCUUUAAACAAUUUGCGUGGAAAUGAAUCUAGUCUUGUUUAGGUGUUAUAUAGUGUAAUGAUUGUUUUCUAGUUAAUGUAGUCAUUUUUAUACCAAAUUUUGUAAAUAAAUUAUGAAAAUAUACAA